UUGAUUCUCCCAGAAUUCCCUUUUACCGUUAUUUCAAAACCCACCCAUUUCAGGGGUUCCAUUUUGAUUUGAUAUCAUCUUCAUCAAUCAAAAUGACGCUUGAAAACAAUGCCGGAAUCACCCGGUUGAAGGUUGGGUUUGAACUUGAAGACCCCAAGCAUGAUUACGUAAUUAUGACGACACCAGAAGGGUUGGCGGGUUUGUCUCCGUCAUCUUCUUCUUCUUCUUCGUCCGGGGAAUGUAUUAGUAUUUGGUGGUCGUUUUGGUGGUGGGGAAAACUUGUUUUUCUGGUUAUAUUUCUGGUAGUUUUGGCGUUUUGUUUCUUCGUAUGGAUCGGACCUUAUCUAAUGGACAAGGAGGUUAUCCCUAUCUUAAAUUGGGAAAUUGAGGCGUUCAGUAAACCAGUACUAGCAGUUCUGAUAUUUUCAUCGGUGGCAAUCUUCCCGAGCUUAUGUAUACCGUCUACGCCCUCCAUGUGGGUUGCAGGGAUGACUUUCGGUUACGGUUUGGGAUUUUUACUUAUAAUUUGUGGUGUUUCCAUUGGUGUAUCACUUCCUUAUUUCAUUGGUUCCCUAUUUUACCACAAAAUCCAAUGGUGGUUGGAUAGAUAUCCAAAAAAAGCAUCAAUUUUGAGAUUAGCAGGCGAAGGAGAUUUGUAUGAUCAGUUUAGAGCUGUGAUGUUAUUAAGGAUAUCCCCCUUUCCAUAUAUUGUAUACAACUAUUGUGCUGUUGCUACUGAUGUUAAGUUUGUUCCCUACUUGUUUGGAACAUUAGUUGGAAUUUUGCCAGAAGUCUUUAUUGCAAUUUACACGGGCAUAAUGAUACGAACAUUGGCAGAUGCGUCAAAAGAUCAACGUUCGCUUGCACCCCUUCAGAUUGUACUCACGGUUUGUGGGUUUAUUUUGACGAUUGUUACCACGAUAAUAGUCACAGUUUGUGCGAAAAAACGUCUUAAGGAGUUGCAGACAGUUGAAGAAGAGCUGUUAUUGUUACGAUAACAUUAGGGUUUUUUAGGGUAACCGUGAUAACACGUUAGAGAAAACUCACGGGCCCUACCAAUACCAUGUAAACUAGUAGGAUAGGUAAAGCUUGUCACUUACGCUAGG